AUGCCAUCUGCAAGAGAAGCCCUUGCCGAAUCAUACGGCCCGCAAAGAAACGGACAGGCUAGAUCACUUUGGCAACUCCUUCAAGAAGGCGCGCAGCAGAAUCCAGAUGGCUUGGCUCUCGCUUGUCCGCAAUACGAUGCCAAGUACCUAUCCCCACCGGCCGCAGCCACCAAUGGGUACCAUUCGAACGGAGACAGCGGCGGACACGAUGGAUUUGAGUGGUCAUUCUCUCAGAUAUCUCGUCAUGCAGAGCUUCUUGCAAACAGGCUCCACGAAUAUGGUGCACAUGAAGAAGGGGCCACGAUUGUUCCAUUCUUGGCAAGCGGUCCAGAAUGGGCGCUUCUUUUCUGGACGGCAGCCAAGUUGAACAUGCCUAUUGCUGCUGUGGAUCCUAAGAUCCUGUUUUCUGAGACAUCGAGAACCGGGGUGAGUCAGAUACAGGAUAGCUAUGUCAAGACGCUGCGCCCACAUAUCGUCAUCGUUCAAGAUGAUCUGGCGGCGGCCGUCUUUGAUGAGGCCUGUGGACCAAGCAGCCAUACACCAAAGCUCAAAAUCAUCGUCGAUGCCGAAUCGACUUUGUCACACCCAUUUGGUGACGAGCGGGGAGGCUGGGUGACCCUCAACGGGAUCAUCAGCUCUCUUCCAGUGUCCCAGGCUAACGGUCAAAAUGGACACGCAAAUGGAGAAGCAACGCCAAACCCAGAAGCUGUUGCGCGGAUCCUUUUCACCGGGGGUAGCACUGGCGAUCCCAAGGGCUGCCCUCAUACUAACAGCAAUCUCACCGCCGAAAGCGAUGGUUUCAACACAAUGCGUGGGCUCACGACUGCAUCCCGCACCCUCAUCCAGUCCCCAGCCCACCACAUCAUGGCCAACGCCGGCGCACUUCUCAGCUGGCGUGCUGGAGCUGGAGUCAUCUUCCCAUUCAAGGGAAACCAGUUCGACGGAGGGCAGUCUAUUCAGGCCAUAAAGGCCUAUAACUGCACUUACCUACCUGUCCACCACAGCAUGUCGGACGCCAUCAUUCGCCACCCUGCCUUCAGCAAGGAAGCUGUUGAAUCAGUACAAUACAUGCAGAUCGGUGGUGCGCUAAUUGGGUCCAGUCUUGCAGAAAAGUACAAGAACGCUUUUGGCGUUGCCAAGGACGGCACUUCGCGACUUGAGAUCUUCCCGUUCUGGGGAAGUACUGAAGGGAUGUACACAACUGCAUGUGUCAAGGGCGACAAGCUCGUUACCGAUCGCGAGAAAUCUGUCGCCGCGGGAUCCGGAUCAACCUCAUCAGAUCUACUGGCUGUCGGCCGAGCCUAUUCUGGUGGUCGCGUCAAGGUCGUGGACCCCGAGACAGGGACAACAAUGCCGAGAGGUCAGAGUGACGACUGUGUCGGUGAGCUUCACUUUGGCGGCGACACUGUCAUCAAGGAAUACAUGGGUGGUGUAUCACCCUCUAGCUUCUACACACAGGAUGGGUAUUCGUGGUUCAGAACUGGUGACCAGGGGCGUAUGGCUGAUGACGGUGCAAUCUUCAUGCUCGGUCGGUACAAAGACAUGAUCAAAAGGGGCGGGGAGAAUAUCUUUCCGCAGCAGCUUGAGUAUAAGUUACAAACCAUCUGCUGGACCAAGGCUCAAAUCAUUGGUAUUCCUGAUGUCAUCACCGGUGAAGCUUGUGUUGCAGUCGUCGACCCUUCAAAGUCGGAGAACUUCUCCAAGCUCCAGCUACAAAUUGAUGUCUCUAAGCACAUCGGAUCGGAAUUUGUAUUUGUGAACAUUCUCACGCUUGAAGAGCUGGGCCUUACUGAAUAUCCUGUCGGCCCUGGUGGAAAAGUCCGCAAGCCUGUUCUUAAGGAAUUCGUCUUGUCGUACUUGGACAAAGCCGGGAAACGAGACCAGCAUACGAACGGCAAUGUUACCCCUAAGUCCGACACCCAGAAUGAAUGGAUCGACUUGGUCAAGUCAAUUUGGGCCGGCCUGCUACACAUUGACUCAUCCGAGCUUGAUGAAGAUUUCCGCCUUGAGCACUUCACGGACAGUCUGACGACCAUGAGAUACUGCUUCGAGAUCGAGAGGCUGACCUCCAAGCGUUUGACUGUUGCGGAUGUACGCGAAUGUCCAACCAUCAAAGCCCAGGCUCAGCUUGUCUCUGGGGCCAGCAUCGAGACGUACGUGGCUGGCAAAUCGGAUAUCGAUUUGCAUCAACGUACUGGACCGCCAACAGUUGCCGACGUACUGAUCUGCAAAGGCGACGAAUCCAAGCUCCGUGAAAUCCAAGACGUGGCAAAGCCAACCUUGGACAAACACGGUCUCAUCUGGGAACGUGAUGUACAGGAGUGCUUUGGCGCCACGCCGCUGUGGGGUGCCACCGUGCUACUUCCACUCACUCGGACUUUCAACUUACGCUUUGCAUUCGAGGUAAAGGGCUUGGAAUAUCUUGAGAUACGAGAGGCAUUGACAGAGACUCUCAAGCUACAGCCUCUGCUUGUGAGCGCCGGAAUCAACCUGAACAACAAGCUCGUGUACCUCCAGCUGCGACAGAACGAUGCAGUUCUUGACAGAGUCAUAACAAGAGAACGAGAAUUUGACUCUGUUGAGGCAGCCGCGGACUACGGCACCCAUGAGCCGUUCGAACUUGUGGCUCACCCGCCCGAAAUGCUAAGCCGCUUUGGCGUCCUCCCUGUUUCCAGUGCGAACGCAACGGACGGCCCAGUUCACGUCAUCAUCAUGUCCCUGGCUCACUCUAUCUGUGACGGAAUGACGAACAGUGUCCUCUUUACCGAACUUGACGCCCAGAUCCUUCGAGUGCGGGCGAAAAAGGCCGGAUCCCAAGUGCCUCACCACAUACCCCCGAGGUUCUUACCAUACAAGCUCUUCUGCGAGAUGUACGAUUCCUUGGACAAGAGUGUCUCAGCCCAGACUUCGGCAGCAAUUGUAGCUUCGAAGUUCCGCGGCAUAUCCGCCGAACCUGGGACAGCUUGGCCUUUAUUCGACUCAGACAACAUAUUGAGCAUCUUCGCCACGGAUGCAAACCGUGGCACUGAAACCUUCCAUGGCGGUGUCAACAUCCAACGAUCAGGGCGUGCACCAGGUAUUCUCUUGCUGCAAGACACACACGGAGUGCCUCCUUCUGUAGCACUCAAAGUGGCAUUUGCCUUGGCAACCAUGCAAAUGACAGGCAAGACAUCCGCGCUCUUCGGCCGCGGCGACGCAGCCCGUCAUUGGCCGUUCCAGGACCCCUGGGUUCAGUCCCACCUGCCGAAUCCCCUUCUCGUGGGCGGUCCGAUGGUGGUCCUCGCUUGGCAGCGCCUCAAGAUCGAGAACGAAAAUGUGAGCAUGCUGGACCUUUUCCGGCACGUCCAGGCAGAGGACACGGAGCUUGCGCCACACAUGCAUGUCUUCAACUCCUACGAUGCAGUCUAUGAACAGCUCCCUCCCGAGGACACGGCUUUUAUAAAAGAGACACGUUGCUUUGAUCCCAAGCUCUUCUUCAACCAUGUCCCUGACGUGGGGCGGUUCACCGGCGCAGAUGGCCUGAAAGCACUGAAACUGUCGGGGUUCUCGUUCUUUGGCACAGGAGUCACGCCACUGCAGGUUGGGUUUGACGCUGGCGACAGGGAAAAGUGUGUUAUCGCGGGACUCGUUGACGAGACCAAGUGGGACGAUGCGGAAUUGGAGGUGGGCGGUUUUGAGGAAACGAUUUUGAGAACGUUGAGCGAGAUUGUGAAGCCGGAGAAUUGGAACGAGGCGGCUGUCAGGUUUGCGAAGCCUGUAGGGCAAUGA